CAAGCUGAUUAUAUAGAUAGCACCGGUCGUCUAUCCCCUCGCCUCAUCUUAUCCCCCUCCGUCCCCGCUUCCUCCUCCUCUUCCUCCCGCUCACUCCCGAACCGAAGCCUCAAGAGCUCCCAAUGGCUUCCACCACGUUCUCCUCCGCCUUCUCCAUCCUCUCUCUCCCCUCCUCCUCACCAUCCCCCUCCGCAUCGGCCCCCAGGACCCUCCCCGUCGCCAACCGCCGCCGCCGCGCCGUCGCCGUCGCCUCCACCGCCACUGAGUCCCCGAAGGUCCUUGAGCUCGGCGACGCCAUUGCCGGGCUCACCCUUGAGGAGGCUCGCAACCUUGUCGACCAUCUCCAAGAACGUCUUGGCGUCUCUGCCGCCUCCUUCGCUCCCGCUGCCGCGGUCGCGGCUCCCGCCGCGGCGGCGGCCGAGGAGGCACCGGUCGAGAAGACGGAGUUCGAUGUGGUCAUCGAGGAGGUGCCCAGCAGCGCGCGUAUCGCAACCAUCAAGGUUGUGCGCGCACUGACCAACCUGGCGCUAAAGGAGGCCAAGGAUCUUAUCGAGGGUCUCCCAAAGAAGCUCAAGGAGGCAGUGAGCAAGGACGAGGCCGAGGAGGCCAAGAAGCAGCUCGAGGGAGUCGGCGCCAAGGUUUCCAUAGCGUGAGACUAGAUAAUCUCUUGGAACAUCAGAUCUGUUAUCAAGGAUUGGAAGUAUCUCCCGAGUAAAAGAAGAAUCAGAAAUAGUUCAUACAUCACACUGUAUUUAGUCAAGGUCAAUUCGGACUAUAACUUCCGGGUGGGGUGUUGCUAAUCAUUACAUUACAUUACAUUGUUCAACAAUGCUACAUCAUAUUGUUCUACAUUGUUCAAGAAUGCUACAUGACAUUUAUCUCUCCAGGGUCUUACAGAAUGGACAGUAAUGUGAAAGUGUACCCUUUGUCCCCCACAUGGAGCAAUGUGUGUUUAUGUUUAUACUGUAUCCACACUUAAUAGCAUGUACGGUCAGUAUGUAUAAUGAAUAAUUGAUAGGUGUGCUGUUGAGCAUACCACUGAUCACAGAAAAUACUAUACCAAUUUAUCUAA